ACUGUUGCUCUUGCUUUAUUAUUGAGUUGGAAACUGUAGAAAUAAUUUCUUUGCGUGUUUUUACUUGCAAGUUAUAGCUCGCAGCUCAAAAAUUAUGUUUUUAUGUGACAUGCGUGCAUUACGAGACUCCCUAAGUCAAGAAAAAACAAAUCAAGUAAAAGUUUAGUACUGAAAGUCUUUGCUUUGCUGACUUGACCUGCAGAAACAUAAGGUCCUUUCCUUUGUUUUUACUGUACUUAGUUGCAAAGAACCACACAUUUUGAAGAGAAAUGACAGUCAUAUUGAAGGAUUGCACAAGGCAGACUGCAUAUCCCUGCCUGUAUUGGCUCUUGAUAGGUUUAAUUCUGCACCGACCAGUCUCACGUUCAGUUUAACCGUCUGCAGCCCCCGCCCCCUCGCCUCAAACUUCAGGAAGAUCGAGUUUCACCUCUUUUGCAAACGGGGAACAAGUCAUGCAGCAUCGUGGAGGGCAGAAUAUACGAUAUAUGACACACACACACACAGAGUUGAGACAGACACAGAGGACCUGGAAAAGGAGAUAACAAUAGAACCUCACAUGAGGCAUGAAAAACAAUCUCUCUGAUUUUCAUCGCAGUCAAAACAGGUCAGCGGGGCAAAUGAGAGGAUCUGAUGAUGACAAAGGACAAUAAACAUCAGGAAAACAAAGUGAUCCACCCCAGGUUGAAUAUUUGCUUCUCAGGGUUCAGCAAAGAUUCUGUUAAUAUUUGACCCGUCUGGAAAGUAAGCCAGCAUACAGUUCACCGCCAACAAUCCUCUUUUAGCCUGUUCUUCCUCCACGUGGUCAGAGUGCAGUUUGUUUGGACACAGCAGCUGCUUCUGUCUGAAGUCUGAUUUGCUCUAUGUAGAGUGCUCUUCAUGUUGUCCCAGAGACUCUUUCAUAAGUUUAAAAAUCCAGUCCAAACACAGGACUUUCAUGGCGUAAAUGAAAGUAGCUUAAACGCUGAUGAGGAAUUCUGGCUCCGGACAAAAAAAGGAUACUUGUUACAAAACCUCUAAAAAUAGAGAGAAGUUUGUCUGCCACAGAGGUCAUAGUGAGUGAGCAGCUGAAACUUGAACUGCAGAGAAAAUGAAAUUCCAAGAAUUGCACCUUAAAACAAGAAAAUCCAGAAGAUAACAACUGAUCGAGGGAAGGGAGAAAAAGCGAGAAGUCUCAACAAAAGGUGGAGAACCGUGAGGGAAGGCUGACAUCUCUGACAAUGGAUGAAAAUCAGCCGGUUUGGCACAUGCAGACCAACUCCCAGGAAGUGCACCAUGAACUGCAAAAGAAAUUGUCAGUGGCCAACCAGCUGGAAUGCUCCAUCUGCUACAACACCUAUGACAAUGUCUUCAAAACACCCAAGCUGCUGGAAUGCACGCACACCUUCUGCCUGGAGUGUCUUUCCCGUCUCAUGACGUUCACACCGGUCGACAGGGAUGGGAACGGGGGAGGCAAACAGCUCUCCUGUCCCUUCUGCCGUCACCCCACCAUCCUGCCUCAAAAUGGACCCCCAGCUUUGGCUACCAGCCAUGAAGUCCUCUGUAAGCUGCCCAACCACCAGCAGCAGGAGGAGCCCGUGUGGCUGGAGGGGGAAAAGCUGUGCUACAAGAGCUUCAAGCAGGAUGCUGGAUCGGGCACCCCUGACAGCCCCACAGCUUUCUGCAUCUGCAUUGAUAUUGGGGCCAGCAAGGCGGCCGAUGCCGCUGUGGAGACACGCACCACCAACUACAGGAUGAUUGGCAGACUGGCAGACUGGAAGAGGAUGGUCCUCUUCACCGUGCUCAUGGUGCUCCUCAUUGUGGUUGUGUUGUGGCCUCUGCAGUGUGUGUUCAGCACUGGGAACAUGCGUUGUAUGAGAGAACACCCACCCACUACCACAACUGUCGCCACUACACACACCCCUCUCGUCAGUAACCCGUAAAACUGACCAGAUGAACUGAUUCUUGAAACGUCAAAAAUGUUGGCAAAUAAUAGCACUUUUGACAUAAUAGGAAAACAAACUGAUAGCAAAACCAAACAUUUCUGACUUCCAGCUGCAGACUUUGAGUCUUGAAAGUGUCAAGAAGAGUGAACUUCUUUGAUCCACACGUUAAAGGUUCCUGGAUGACUGUUGUCCAACAGGUUGGAUGGGUUGGGACGUUUCACUGGUAAUGUGUUAUCUCAGCUUUCAGCGUUGACGCUGCUCUUUAAUCCAGGCCAAACAGUAACAUUUUAAAUGCUGGCGUUUAGAAAACGUGACAUCUGGACUCAAGCUAUCUGCAAUUUUAUUAUGAGAGAGAAUGAAUGCAAUCAGAGUGCCAACUUCAAGCUUUGUACACUGUAGCUUUGACUGUAUCUUUUGAUGUUUUGUUUACAAAUGUGGGAUCAAAAUGAUUAAAUGAUAGCACUCAACAGCUUUGUAAAUUUGGGAAAAGACUGAUAUAAAUUUACUAUGCCUCACUAUCAGCAUUCUAGCAUUUUAUUGUUGCGGUAAAUGGGCUCUUUCAUAUCUGAUAAGUAGAUUUACAACCUGCAAAGACAAAAAUGGGAUCAGUGGAUCAAGCAUAAAAGAAACUCACAGACUGACCUAUUUGUUUGGACUGUUAUUGAACUGUAAACAGUGUGAGCCAAAGGUUUUUCUCAUUUUUUUCAGCUUUUUUUUUUCUCCAUUCCGGCAUUUUCCUUGCAUGUGGCACAGAAAAACUCCCUCCUUCAUCAUCAACAACUGUAAUAAAUCGAGGGUUUUAGAUUUUUUAUCAUUAAAAACCAUUUCCGCUGUCAGAGUUCUACAUUACUCGUACGGUAUUUUAAAAUCUUUUCCACAUUGUCUUUUGCUCAAAGCUCCAGUAGCGUUUUUGUUUUUUAGGCAAAUGUUUAAAAUACAUUUUGUUUAGUGUAAAAACUAAGCUAACUGGAAAAAACUUUAAAAUGCGUAGAAAAGCAGUAAGUGUGUGUGAUGCAAUAGAACAGACAAUAUUACACAAUCUAAGUUAAUUUUUAUACCUUUCUUAUUUUUUACUAUGUAAUUUUUACUUUUAGUUGUAUUUUACUUGAUACUAUGCACAUAUUUUGUGAGAAAACUAUUUUAUUGUGAUCUAUGACAAAAUGGACAAUAAAAGGAUUUUUGUUGAAGUUA